AUGGCUUUGGAAAACUGUUUGCAACUAAGCACAGUGUGCACUACAAGAGUUGGUGCUGCACAAUGCUAUCAGCCAUUUUCUUCCAGGGAAAAGCUUAUUGUGCCAACCUGCAAUGGAUUGAAGAAAUCUGUUUUGAAAUUCUCUUCAUCUUCAUCUUUUGCUCCUUCCAACAAAUCCCACAGAUCCCGCUUUAUUUGCAAGGCUCGUGAAGCUGUGAAUGAAGUUCAAGUGGUGAAUGAUUCAAGUUGGAAUAACCUGGUGAUUGCAAGUGAGAACCCAGUUCUGGUAGAAUUUUGGGCACCGUGGUGUGGACCAUGCCGGAUGAUUGCCCCAGUGAUCGAUGAACUGGCGAAAGAGUAUGGUGGGAAGAUAGCUUGUUUCAAGCUCAACACUGAUGACAGCCCUAACAUUGCCACUCAAUAUGGCAUAAGGAGCAUCCCAACUGUGCUUUUCUUCAAGAAUGGAGAAAAGAAGGAGAGCGUUAUUGGAGCAGUGCCCAAGUCCACCCUGUCUGCCACCAUAGAAAAAUAUGUAGAUCUUUAA